AUGUCCAUCAACAACACCGGCGGCGACGCCACCCAUCCCACCCCCAACGACAACCAUCUGCACGUCCAAGGCGACGACGCUCCUCCUCCCCCCUACACAGAAACAGACCUCCUCAGCAACGCGGGCAGCUCUCGCUCCCCUCGCCUCGCCCCAGCAGCAACAGCAUCCGUAACCCCAUCAGCAACAGCAGCGGCAACCCCCUUCAUCGACGAUGCCGCCUCGUCCACCGCCGGCGAAACCAUCUACACGCCUCCCCUGACGCCCCGCAUGUCGCCGACGAGUUCCUCCUCUGCGCAGCCCGCCGCCUCGCUGUACUUUGAGCUGAGGCCGUCGUCGGGCCUGGACGAGUCGUCGGUUCGGGGGGAGAACGUCGUCGUUCAUACCGUCGAUGUGAACGAGGCUUCGAGGCCGGAGGACUUUCCGUACGUGGCUGAAUGGGCGGAUCGCGAUGUCACUGCGCUCGAUUGGUCCACCUUUAUCAACUUCCUCAUUCCGGAUCACAGCACACGGCAGACCGAAGCCGUCAUUCACCGGAAACUGCUUGACGAAAUACAAUCAGACGCGGGCAAGACCAACACCCCCGGCACAGUCCAGGUCGAAGCCCAGCUCAUCGGCCAGGUUGCCGACGACGAAAAGACCUCCUCUUCGCCUCAUGCAUCCGCCCAGCGGAGACGAGACGCCGAGGCCACCGUUCAGCAGUGGAACGACGGCUUCUUCGGCCCGCGAGGCAUCCGAAUCGUGCUCAACGAGCCGCCCCCGAGACCUUACUCCUCCUCGGCGCGUCAGAUGCCCGGCGGCUGGGAGGCAAACUUCGAUCAGACGACGCCGUCUACGGCUGAGCCUGGCCCAUCGACGACGACGACGACGCAGUCUCAGCAGAGGGCAGGUCGUCGUCCAGGGCCUGGGGGCUGUAGUAGUAGUAGCUCAUGGGGGAACUGGCAGAUCGACGGCAACGGCGUUCGCUACGGCAACGGCUUCGUGGCGGAUCAGAAUGGUCUGCGCAUUGGCAACUUGGUCAUGGAUCAGCACGGCAUCCGGUACGAGAACAGCGCCGCCGCAGCGGCAGCAAACCAGCAGCAGCAGCAGCAGCGUCACAGCGACAUGCGCGGGCGGGCUCACUAUCAGCGUGGUAACGAAAAGGAAGGCCAAAGACGCUCUUCCUCCGCCUCCUCCACGUCGUCCUCUUCAUCUUCUUCAUCCGAGUCAUCUAUCGGCUCGCUCCCCAGCUAUGAUGAUGUUCCCCUCAGCUCGGUGCAGCUGUACAUCAACCGCCUGCAGGACUGGACCAGGAACCCAGACCAGCUGCGCACCAGGGCGGACGUCAAGCAGCUCAAGACGGAGCUCAAGAGCAUCCCCAAGUCGCAGGACAACUCCAUCGAGAUGGACAAGAAGGCUCUCAGGGCGCAAAUCAAGACCUUGACGGCUGCAUGGCGACAGAUCAAGAAGCAGCAGAGAAAGGAACGCAGGGCCCGCAGGAGGGAGCGCCGCGAAAAGAGACGAGCAGAGCGCAAGGAAAGGAGGCAGCUCAAGAGGGAGAUGAGAAAGGCCCGCCGAGAUGCCCGGAGAGGCGCCACGACGCCCGUUCCUCCUGUACCUCCUCCCCCGCCACCUCCCGUUCCGCCCCAUCAUCCCGGAGAUGCGGCGCCGCCCGUCCCGCCGGUGCCUCCUCCCGGGCCUCCGCCGCCGUUUACGGGCGGUUUCCCCUGGGGACGGCCAGGCAGAGGCAGAGGCAGAGGAGGAGGACAACACCACCAUCAUCAUGAUAACCAACAUCAUGAUAACCAUCAUCAUCACGAUCAUCAACAGGGUCCUCACCGCGGCAGAGGCUGGGAUAGAGGCGGCCGAGGUGGAGGCCCAGGCUGGGGCAGAGGCUGGGGCAGAGGCUGGGGCCCUCGGGGUCCGUUUGGACCCGAAGGGCCGUUUGGCCCGGGGGGACCUUUUGGCGAGAAGGGGCCGUUUGGCGGCAGGGGACCGUUUGGUGACAAGGGCCUCUUUGGUGGUGGCGGUCCGUUUGGCUCGAACAGCUUCUUUGGAUCCAGUCAACAAGAGCAACAACAAUUCCAGCAGCAGCAGCAGCAGGGCACUACAUCCUCCGACCGCUCCGUCCCCGGCUCCUGGCCCGACGAAAAGAAGCACCCAGCCACAGACCCCUCCCAGGACGACCAAGGAGUAAUCCCCCCUCCAGGUCCGGCGGCAUCGGCCAAGUACCGCGCCAUGGAGGGCGUCGAGACGGCGAUCCAGCACCAGGAGGCCGCGCUGGAGAGCGCCGAGCCGGGGUCCUCCCAGCGGGAGGGGCUGGAGAAGGCGCUCGAGGAGAUGAAGAAGAAGCUGGAGGCGAUGAGGGUGGAGGCUGACGAGGAGUAUGCGAGGGAGUUGGGAGGGGCAUGAA